AUGGAAGAUGAUUAUUUAUUUAUGGAUAAGAGUUAUAAUGAUGGUGAUGUUGAAAUAGAAUUCGAUGAUGUGCCUGAAAAUAUAACAGAAGAUGAAUGUGAUGAACUUUGUAUAGUAUCAGAUAAUGAAAAUGUUAAAGUUCAUAAAAGUUUAGUUGCUCUUGUUACUGGUGGUGCAUCAGGAUUUGGUCUCGCAACUGCUGAAAGAUUUAUUAAACAAGGUGCAAGAGUUGUCUUAUGUGACUUGAAAACUUCUAAUGGGGAAAAUGUAUCACGUAGAUUUGGUGAAAAUUGUGUAUUUGUUCCAGCUGAUGUUACAUUGGAAGCUGAUGUCAAGAAUGCUCUGAAUGUAAUUACUGACAAAUUUCAGAAACUUGAUUUGGUGGUUAAUUGUGCUGGCACUAAUGUGUUGUGUAAGACGUAUGACUUUUCAAAUAAGGUGCCUCACAGCUUAGAAAAAUUUACUAAUAUGAUCCAAGUGAACACAUUUGGUACAUUUAAUGUAAUUAGACUAGCUGCUGGCCUGAUGUCCAAAAAUGUGGCUGAUGAAGAUGGACAGAAAGGUGUAAUAGUUAACCUAACUAGCUCCCAUGCUUUUGAAGGCAGUGUAGGUCAUGUUGCAUUUGCUGCAAGUAGUGGAUGUAUUGUUUCAAUGACAUUGCCCAUUGCUCGUGAUCUUGCAUCUGAAGGAAUCCGUUGCUGUGCUAUAGCAACAGGUUUGUUUGAUAUUCCAUAUUUUAGAUCACUACCUGAAAAAUAUCGUCGUUUCAUGCCAUCAGUAGUUCCAUUUCCUUCAGGUUUAGGGAGUCCAGAUGAAUUUGCACAUCUUGUACAGACAGUUUUAGAGAAUAAAAUGCUAAAUGGUGAAAUAAUUAGAUUAGAUGCUGCAUUACGAAAUGAAUUAUAAAAAUUUAUGCUGCAUUAAGAAAAAAGUUGUGGCAAUUUUUUUUUAUUUCUUAUUAAAAAAUAAAAAUUGUGAUUAUGAUGCUUGUGUUUCAAUUGUAAGCAUUUUGUAGCUAAGUAAAUUCUUUGCUAAAUAAAUUGUUUUAUUAAAAUAAAAA